AUGGAAACAGUUUUGGUUCUCGUUUUGCACGAUGCAGAAGGAAUCCGCCAUCGUCGCAAGCCCGAAAUAUUCCCAAACGAGAUGACAAUUAUCGAGCUGAGAAAAGCGAUCAAUUCUUUGUGGGGAAUUGAUGAGUCGUAUCAAGAACUCUAUCACAACGGGGAAGAAAUUCUUGCGCUUAAGUCGACACUCCAACAAAUUGGUGCCAAAGAUCAAGACGAGAUCGUGAUUAAACAUUCGGAUCUUCCAUUGUGGGGGGAGUACAAGCGCUGUGUUGAGUUAGUGUUGAAGCAACACACGGCGAAGGUUGCAUACGCAAAAGAAGCUGUCGAACAUCAGGAACUAUUAACCAAAAGCGGAUUUUUCAAGGCUUACCUCCAAUUCAACGCUUAUCAUAGUAAAAAUCAUCCUAAAGUCGCUGCCUGGACCGAUGGCGACGUGGGGUUGAUUCGCAAAGCGGCGGAGCAGUAUUUUCGAAAUCUCCAUGACCUCGGCCGAGGAAGCGAAGAGUCGAAAUUCACUUGUUACUUCGAAGCACGAGCCGAGGAGUUGGGAGGCAGGCCAACGAACACACUGGCGUUUGUGCAGAUUCACGGAGAAGCUUCUGUUUCAAAAUACAAUAUUAAAUGCCACCAUUAUGGCUCAAAAGGCGCGAGCUCAGGCAACGUGCCGGACGUCUCCGAAUUCUACUGCUAUAAAUUAUUAGCAUUAAUCGGUGUCGGCCCCAAAUCGCACAUCAUUCCUCCCAGCAUUUCGACUGGAACCAAAACGAGCGCGUACAUUGCGACUAAAUGGGACGACAGAUUCGAGCUUCUCGAAAACGUCAAGGACAACCUUCGCGCAGAUGUCAUCGUGCAAUUAGGCAUGCUUAGAGCGCUCCUAUUCAUUUCCGAUCUGCAUGGACAGAACUGCGGAAGGUGGAAAGGGACGCAGAAGGCCGCGAUUGUUGACUUUGCCCCGACCGGCGAUUUCGAAGUUUAUGACAAUAUCAAAAGCAAAAUGAUGAAAACGAUUCCACACAAAGAUUGGAGGAAGGAGUAUUUUGCGGUGAAAGAGCAACACGACGACAGCUCCUGGUUGAAGAUCGCAAAGGUGUAUUUUGAGCAAUGGGAUCUCGCAAACAAGAUCGAUUUGGCUCGUGACGAAUUUGAUCCAACCAAAGGCAUCCUUAAAGAGCUAGAAAUUGGAUUCAAGAAACGACAAUGCCGGGUUAGCCCCACCGACCAACUGAACGAAUACAUCGAUACCUUGCGAAAAAAUGUGGAGCUACUCCAAGCUCUUUUUAAUUCGCUUGCU